GGAUUGGUUAUUUAAGGCUCUUAUUGGAUCCAGAUCUAGACAUCCCAACAGAUGUUUAUGAAGAAGAACAAGUUCAAUCAUAUACAACAAGAGGUUAGUUUCAUUGUUUUAUCUUAUCUUAACUGUAACAAUUUUCCAUUAAUUAAUUAGACAAUCACUAUGUAAAGCAAUUUCAUUUCAUUUUGACUAUUUUAGAUCAGAAUUCAUCUAGUACAUUUAAGAGUAAAUUCCCUGGUACAAUCAAGAAUGACCCAAUGGCACACCAAGUAUUGAUAGCAGGUUUGUAUUAUUCUACACAUCCAUUUUUACACACAUUGUGUUUGUUUUCAGAUACUAAUCCACCUGAGACAACAGUCAUGGAUACAAUAGAGAACCAACAAUCUGAAGCUGAGACUAACCCACCUGAGACAACAGUCAUGGAUACAACAGAGAAACAACAGUCUGAAGCUGAGACUAAUACACCUGAGACAAGAGACAUAGAUACAGCAGAAAACCAACAAUCUGAAGCUGAGACUAAUCCACCUGAGACAACAGACAUACAGGGUGUCCAAUAAAUAAGGUGAAAGAUAUUGUAACUUUCUUAAUAUUGCAUCAAUCUUGAUGAAAUUUUCAGAGUUUGUAGCCCAAACCUUUUUACCUUUAUUCUGUGAAUUUAAAGCGUCUUCUAUUUGAUUGGCCAGAGUUGUGGUUGCUAUAGCAACCGAAACAACAAAAAGGCGGGGCAAGUUUGUUUACGUCACAACUUUCCAAAACAUAUUUAUUCUUUUUGAUAACUUUAUUCAUACUUCCAGGUCUAUUACUACCACAAAUACAA